CUCACAGACAUACCCAGCACCCCUUUCUUUUAUAACUCGAAGGAACAGUUAAGAGAGGCCAGAAAGGGACGUUUUCAGUGUUCAUGCCCAGGAGAUCAUGGAUAGACCACAAGAAACUCUCCCAAACAAUGUAGCUGGAGAUUCAGAGGCCCUCCGUCUGGAGAAAGGCUUGCAGGGGGAAGAAGAGGGUGUGAUGGAGAGAGGAAAGUGGGAGAACAAAAUGGAGUUCAUGCUUUCCAUGGCGGGAGAAAUCAUUGGUCUGGGGAAUGUGUGGAGGUUCCCCUACCUGUGCUUCAAGAAUGGAGGAGGAGCCUUCCUCAUCCCCUACCUCAUCUUCCUCUUCUUCUGCGGGAUCCCGGUUUUCUUUCUGGAGACGUCUCUAGGACAGUACAGCAGUGAGGGGGGAGUCACUGCCUGGAGGAAGAUCUGCCCUCUCUUUGAAGGAAUUGGCUAUGCAUCGCAAGUGAUUGUGACCUACCUGAAUAUCUACUACAUUGUCAUUCUGUCCUGGGCUAUUUUCUACCUCUUCAACUCUUUUAGUGCCACACUGCCCUGGUCUACCUGCGAUAACACCUGGAAUACAAAAUCAUGCAAGGAAUUUUUCGAUUGGAAUGAUACCGACACAAACACCAGCAUGAACUUUGAUACCAAUAUCGAUAUGGGAUUCCGGGAUUUUGUGAAAAGGAGCCCUGAAGUUGAGUUCUGGGAGAACCGUGUUCUGGGCAAGUCCCCAGGGAUAGAGCACAUGGGCAGGCUGCGCUGGGAUCUCGCCCUCUGCCUCCUGCUGGCUUGGAUCUUGUGCUACUUCUGCAUUUGGAAAGGAGUCAAAUCCAGUGGCAAGGUGGUUUACUUCACAGCCACCUUCCCCUACGUGAUGCUGCUCAUCCUGCUGCUGCGAGGACUGACCCUGCCCGGGGCCUGGGAGGGAAUCAAGUUUUAUAUCUACCCUGAUAUCAACAGACUCAGAGACCCAAUGGUGUGGCUGGAUGCUGGAACCCAGGUGUUCUUUUCCUACGCUGUGUGCCAGGGCUGCCUGACUGCAUUAGGAAGCUACAACAAGUACAACAACAACUGCUACAAGGACUGCCUGGCUCUGUGUCUUCUCAACAGUGGAACGAGUAUUGUGGCUGGCUUUGCUGUCUUCUCCGUCGUGGGAUUCAUGGCCUACCAGCAGGGGGAGGACAUUUCCAACAUUGCCUUGUCCGGUCCUGGACUGGCCUUCAUAGCAUACCCUAAAGCAGUGACAAUGCUGCCCCUUUCCCAGUUAUGGGCUUGCCUCUUCUUCCUCAUGAUCAUAUUUCUUGGUCUUGACAGCCAGUUUGUGUGUGUUGAGAGCCUGGCGACCGCCAUCACAGACAUGUACCCUGGAGUGUUCCGCAAGGAGAGACGACGAGAGCUGCUCAUUCUGGGGAUCGCUGUGGUGUGCUUUCUACUGGGCUUGUUCCUGGUGACCGAGGGAGGAAUCUAUAUCCUGGAGUUGAUCGACUCCUGUGGUACAAGCGGUCUGUGCUUGCUGUUCAUUGCCUUCUUUGAAAGCAUCUGUAUUGGGUGGGUCUAUGGUGCUGACCGUUUCUAUGACAACAUUGAAGAUAUGAUUGGUUACCGGCCUGCCCCCCUGAUUAAGUACUGCUGGUUGUUCUUCACACCUGCUAUUUGUGCUGUCACAUUCAUUCUGUACUUGUUUAGAGGGGCGUGGUUUUCAUCCUCCGAGGGGCCAGGCUGGUCCAUGGCACUGGGCUGGGUUUUCACCUUGUCCUCGGUGGUCUGCAUCCCUAUUUUUAUUGUGUAUGCCUUGGCCAGCACACAGGACCUGAGAAAGCUGAUUGUGCCUUCCAGCAGUCUUCGACAAGUGAGCCCUAAUAAAUCCAGACUGACCCUGUGCAGUAAAGUGGUCUUCUAUGGGAACUCUCUGGGGCCCAGUCUGGAGGAGCGCCUGGCGACAGAGAAAGAGACAGGCUUCUGAACAAGGACCCUGCCUGCAUUCCAGGGCAUUGCCCAGAGAGAUGCACUCUCACUGGUUCGACUCCCUAACUCCCCACACCUCUGUGUUCCUCAGGGUUAAGCAGAGCACCCUCAAGGUCUGAUUCACACAUCCACAGUGAACUGCUGCUGAACCAACAGUAAACAAGGAGUACAGAUUUUCUUGACAUUGACAAGUCCUAAGCCACUUGCAAAACAGGUUAUUUUUGUGAAUAAGCAAAGUAAAUUCACAAAAUGAAAAAAGGGUUUUAAAACAAUAGACCAAAAAAGCAUUGUAUGGCAUUGUCAUUCAUAUAAUGUCUGUCUUUUGCACACAGAUUUGCUAAUGAUGUUUAUGUUUUGAUCUUUGAUUCAGGGAUAGUUGCUGCACUUAGCAUUGCAGUGGCUGUCACCUGAAUCAGAGACAAAGUGAACAUAAAAACACAUGAAAACUGACAGUUUUUUUUUUUUUUGUUUUUUUUUACUAUUUCAUUUAUUGGUCACAUUAUAUAUGCUAACAACUGAGUCAAAAGCAAUGUUAUACAUUAUAGCUCUAUGGAGAGACUGCCCUAUAUUAUAAACAGUAGUUAGUCCUCUAGCUGUAUGGAGAGACUGUCCUAUAUUAUAAACAGUAGUUAGUCCUCUAGCUGUAUGGAGAGACUGUCCUAUAUUAUAAACUGUCUUUAGUCCUCUAGCUGUAUGGAGAGACUGUCCUAUAUUAUAAACAGUAGUUAGUCCUCUAGCUGUAUGGAGAGACUGCCCUAUAUUAUAAACAGUGGUUAGUCCUCUAGCUGUAUGGAGAGACUGCCUUAUAGUAUAAAUUGUCUUUAGUCCUCUAGCUGUAUGGAGAGACUGUCCUAUAUUAUAAACUGUCUUUAGUCCUCUAGCUUUAUGGAGAGACUGCCCUAUAUUAUAAACUGUAGUUAGUCCUCUAGCUGUAUGGAGAGACUGUCCUAUAUUAUAAACUGUCUUUAGCCCUCUAGCUGUAUGGAGAGACUGCCCUAUAUUAUAAACAGUAGUUAGUCCUCUAGCUGUAUGGAGAGACUGUCCUAUAUUAUAAACUGUAGUUAUAUGGAGAGAUUGUCAGAAGAACUUCAGACAAACUUGACUAAACUGAAGAUGGUGGCUAUAACUGUAAUUUCUUUGAACUCCGAUUUUAAGCAACAAUUACAGUUUAAGACAUUCAGGAGAGACUUUUUGUAUUGUAUAACUUUUAAAUUAAAUUGAUUUGAAUGACAACACAA